AUGGGUUUGUUAGCACACUUCAGUGUCUUAAGCCAAUUGGCUAUCUUAGCUGCUGCAACCUCCUCUCAUUCCGGGGUCCGCGUAACCGACCCUUAUCUUGCCACGCAAUGGAACGCCUGCCCUUCGGCCUGCGAGAGCGCCAAUCCUUAUGACUGGGACUUUUACUCCGACCUUCGUAUUCUGAAAUCAUGCACCGAUCCAAUGCUUCUGAACAUGGUGGCGAGCAGCCCUACCGGCCCAGCGGACCCCAAUCACCGCCAGCCACUAUAUGCCUGUUCUACAGUCAACGUGGACAAGCUUGCGGCCUCCAUAUUUAAAGACACCAGUACGCCAAGUACAAGCACCAGACAGUACUCCACCAAAAUUGCCCACAUGGAGACUGCAUGGCGGGAGGAGAAAACCAGCCAGAGCUCAUCCCAGUCUCAUACAGAGGCCGUAGCGAGGCUGGUACAGUCACAUAUAGAUGCCCCUGACAGCCGGAAUGCUACAGUCUCCAUGGGCUACUCGAACGGGGUCGUCUUUGGGGCAUUCAUUGGCGCCAACAUGGAAAAGGGCAAGGACAAAUGUAUCAUAGAGUCCUUCCUGACCAAGGUUCGCGAGGGAGCACUAAGCAACAAAUCUAGUGUCUUGAUGCAGGUUUGCGACAGUGACCGUUCCGCGGCUUACACGCUUGGAGCUGUUGCUGAAUCAAAUACAGACCCUGCCCGAGCCCUGGCCGCUGUGCGAAAAGCCCUUGCGACUUGGAAUACAGGGGCGUGUGUUUCCGGAUACAGCGGGACAUCGACCUCCAAGAUGUCGGUUGGCGAGGCCGAUGAGGACAACCAGGAUAGCGUCUCUCAUCCGCGGGGCAACGCAACUAGCGCACAUAGCCAUGCACAUAGGCGCUCGUAUGGUAAGGGUCUCCUCUCUGAAAAGCACCAUCGCCGAGCUGGGACUUGCAGAACCAUCCAGGCCAAAGCCGGCGAGGGCUGCAGCGACCUCGCAGCCCGCUGUGGAAUCUCCCCUGCCGACUUCACAAAGUACAACCCGAGCACUGCGCUUUGCUCGGCUGGGCAACAUGUUUGCUGCUCUGCUGGGACGCGGCCGGACUUUUCCCCCAAGCCGAACGACGAUGGGACUUGUGCAAGCUAUAAAGUCCAGACCGAUGAUUGGUGUAGCAAGAUUGCUGCCGCGAAGAGCAUUACCAUUAAGGAUAUUGAGACCUGGAAUGCGAAGACGUGGGGCUGGACGGGGUGUGAUGAUGUCCAGGCUGGUGCAAACAUCUGUGUCAGCAAAGGAGACCCGCCCAUGCCAUCUGUCAUGAAGAAUGCGGUCUGUGGCCCUCAAAAGACCGGGACAAAAAGACCGGACAAUUGGGACGAUAUCGAGAGUCUUAACCCUUGUCCUCUGAAUGCCUGCUGUGAUAUCUGGGGGCAAUGCGGCACUACUGCGGAAUUCUGUACAAGAACCAAGUCUGCGACCGGCGCACCUGGCACGGCAAAAGACGAGACUAAUGGAUGCAUCUCAAAUUGUGGCACUGACAUCGUUUACGACAAUAGCGGCUUCGGCGACUCUCCUGUACUGGUUGGAUACUAUGAAGCUUUCCAGAACACCCGGCCAUGCCUCAAUCUGGAUGUGACUGCCAUCAACAAUACAGUUGAAUGGGGUGGUCAACUUGGAAGUCAUUCAUCAACGUUUUCCCAGGCAUGGGACCACAUCCAUUUCGCGUUCGCCAACAUCACUGAAUCGUUCGAAGUUGAUGUUUCCAGUGUCCAGGACGAGUUUAAUGAUUUUAAAAAGUUCUCCUCCCCGGGCAAGAAGCCCAAGGUUCUGUCCUUUGGUGGGUGGUCGUUUUCCACAGACUUGGACUCCUACGCCAUCUUCCGAAAGGGCGUCACGGAUGAACAGCGCUCGUUAUUCGCGUCCAAUGUUGUAAAGUUUGCUGACGAUAAUGACCUUGAUGGACUGGACUUUGACUGGGAGUAUCCUAGCGCCCCUGAUAUCCCUGGCAUUCCCAAGGGCGAUCCAGACGACGGUACUCGAUAUCUUCAAUUCUUAAAGGAAGUUCGCGACAAACUCUCCGCCGACAAGACACUCUCAAUCGCAGCCCCUGCCUCCUUUUGGUAUCUCAAGGGCUUCCCGAUUGCGAAGAUCUCGUCCGUUGUCGAUUAUAUUGUAUAUAUGACCUAUGAUCUACACGGUCAGUGGGACUGGGACAAUAGCUGGUCGGAUAAUGGGUGCGACAGCGGUUCCUGUCUCCGGUCUCACGUUAACUAUACCGAGAUCGAGAACUCUCUAUCAAUGAUUACCAAGGCCGGGGUUCCUAACAGCAAGAUCGUCGCAGGUCUCGCGAGCUAUGGCCGGUCUUUUGGGAUGGUUGACCCAACCUGCCACGGGCCUCAGUGUAAAUUCACGGGGCCGGAGUCAGGAGCUAUGCCUGGACGAUGCACCCAGACCCCAGGCUAUAUUGCUAAUGCCGAGAUUGACGAGUGGUUGCAGAGUGAUGACCAGAAUAUUACGACGUACUUUGACGAGGGCAGUCGAUCGACAAUCUCCUACUCUGCCAACGGAACAUGGGUGGCCUAUACAGACCGCAAGGAGCGCAACAACAGGAUCACAGAAUGGUGGUACAACAGAACCGUCCUCGGAACCAGUCUCUGGGCCGUAGACCUGACUGAAUUCGUUGCUGAACUCCCAGACGGCACUGUACUGCCUCCAACAACCUUACCAAACUGCGACCAAGUCUUCGCCAGCGUGGACGAGGUCGAGGCCGCAGCUGAUUCUAUCGAACCCGAGUGUAUGAACCUAUACUUGAUAGACGCCCUGAGGAGCAAUCUCACCCAAUCGGUUUCGGAAUACAAGGACGUACUGCAAACAGACUAUGAUAAGAAGUUCGACUGGUACCAGGACGCCGUCAGGGAGCAGUUCCCCGUGGCUCUCCGGGCGUUUUUAAAGGCAAAUUCCUCCAAUUACUUCGAGUGCACUUCCUACACAAUGGAGGCGUGGAGCCAAAAGCCUGUCGGCGACAACGUGAGCAGCCCGUGUCCAUCAAAUCCAAGGGGCACGGGCUACGCGACCUUCGAUUGGUUAGCGACGGAUAAAAAGGGAUUCUUAGCGGAUCUUGAAGAAGCAACCGGGAUCACAGUGGACCAGCUAUCAUGGGGCACCGUUGAUGACUCCCGAUGCGUGAACAAUCCGGACCCUUCGCUAGGACCACAGACGACAUGCGAUGGCAGCAAGAACUACGGCAUGCCCCAUCUCGAGGGUGAUUUCCCCGUCAGUAACCCAAAGGAAAUCAUCUCAGCCCGACUCCCCAACAUCACAACCUUCGAGCACCAAUCGUCUACCAUUUCGAUGCUUGCAGACAGCAGUCUGUACCCCGGUAACACAAUCGAUAUUGUAGAUGGCGCAUCGCUGCUUGUAUUCAUGGUCUCGAGCUCUAUUGCGAGCAUGAAAAGUGUUGAAGAGAUCGGCGAAGAAUACCACAAGGAGAAGGUUGAAGAAGCAAUUCUUCUUUUUAUCUCGGCCUUCCUCCUCAUUAUCCCGGGGCUAGGAGAAAUUGUGGACUCUGUUGAGCUGACUUCCGUUGCUAUCACCCUCCGAGCAAUCGGUGCAGCUGGGGAUGUGGGGGUUGGUAUCUAUAGUAUUGUUAGCGCGCAUGAUGCUGGGGCUGGUGAGAUCUUCUUGGCUCUACUGGGUGGCGUUGCUAUUUUGGAUGUAUUUCAAGCACCGGUACUUUUUGCGAGGGCCGCGAAAGCAAGAAGGGCCAUGGAAGCUGGGGAUAUCGCGAAAUUGGGGAACGAAGUGAAGGGGGGGAUGGCGCAGAUUGACAAGUUGAAGCAGGGUUGCCGGUAG